AUGAACCCUCGUCGCUCCUCUCGAGCCCGCGCAGCGCACCCAGCAUCCGCUGCAAUGCAGCAUUCGGCCUCCUCCAGCUCGCUCAACUCCCUCAGCCGGCCGGAGCGAACCACGCGGUCGAAUAACAACGGUAACAAGCCUACUCCGCCGCGCCGGUCGGCUGCUCAGCGGUCCCAGUCGCUGGACGAUGGCGCGGACACGGCCAGCUCGAAGAACGACGCCGCCACCUCUGGAUCGGGCUCUGGCUCUGGCACAAGCACCCGCCAGCAGCGACAGUCCAGGGGCCGCGAGGAAGUCGAGGCCGAUGCCGACGCAGACGUGACGCUGACGGGAGACGAGUUCGACGAAGAGGGCGAAGAGGAGAUCACACGCUGUAUCUGCGGCCACCAAGACUACCCGGGUCUGCCUGCACACCGCGGCGGCGCCGCUGCUGCUUCCUCGUCAAAGGCCGGCAAGGACGACGACGGCCAGGGUGCUGGUUCCGGGGCCGACGCUCAGUCUGAUGAUGCCGGCAGCUUGUUCAUCCAGUGCGAUGAGUGCAAGGUCUGGCAGCACGGCGGCUGCGUCGGCAUCAUGGAAGAGGCCUCGAGUCCUGACGAGUAUUUCUGCGAGAGAUGCCGCAAGGACUUGCACAGUAUCAUUGUCGGACCCCAUGGCCAGAAGUCCUCCCAAUACCUCCCGGUAGCCGGGUCUACCUCAUCGGCAUCCUCAACUACCUCAAGAGAGACCGCAAAAACUUCGAAGGACAAGAAGCUCAAAAGCAGCGAUACGUCUCCUCGCACUAAACGUAGAACCAUGAAUAGCCGUGAUGCUGCCUAUGAUGAGGAAGAGCUGUUACGCAGAGCCAUCGAGGAGAGCAAGGAAGACACUGCCUCCCUGGCCGAAGAGACUACCGGCCGCAGAGGCAAGAGAAGCCGCAGUACAGAGGACCAGCUCGCCUUCCCCCUCUUCCGCUCAAAACCCUCCCGGCGCAACACCCGAUCUCCCUCGGAAGAAGAAACUAAGUCAAAGACCACAAGUGUCAAUGGCAACCAGAAGAAAACUAGAGCCACUCGGAACCAGCGCGAAAAGGAGCCUGAGCCUGAGCCUGAACCCGAAAAGGAGGCUGCGCCCGAACCCGUUAGCCGACGUAAAGGCAGAUCUGAUCGUCGCAAAGGCGAAGACUCUGAACCCCCCGAAACCACUUCUCCCACAAAACCCACUCCAAAUGCACCUACACAGUCCGCUCCAGAUACACCAACAGCUUCUACACCUGUUUCCAAACCUGCCACCCGCAAAUCUGGCCGACCUCCGGCCCGCCGUGGCCGUCUAGGUCGUAACCAGUAUACUCGUGACCGUGAUCCUCCCAAUGGCACUACGGACGCCAUAUCCAACUCUCCUCGUCGAAACCAGUCGCGCGAGGAUGUCACAACAGGCGACUCUCCCACCAGCGCCUCCAACGCAGGGCCCAAUGGCACGUAUGCAAACGGCGAGACCGGAAAAGCAAGUCGACCACGCUACAUGAACCCCAACCGCACUACAAUGAACGACAUGCGCCGGCGUGUAGCCGCCAUCCUUGAAUUCAUUUCGCGGCUACAAGUGGAAAUGGCUGCCAGCGGCGAGCAACCGACUCGACCGCCAGGCGAUUCAAGCUCGACAAUGGCAACUACAAGCCGUGAUAUGGCAGCUACCAUUGCGAAAGCAGAGGCAAUACUAAACGGCCUAACUAAUGGCACAUCGUCGAGCGAAUGCCAAAGCUCGUCAGAUGCACAGGCAGCUCCAACUUCAGCACCAGCUCCUGACGCAGACGCUGCCGGCAAGGACAAGGACUUCAAGGACCUCACCAGCGGCGAGAUGAUGGACGUCCUGACUAGAGGCUUGUUCAAGUGGCAGGAACUCUUCGGCAAAUAUGGUGAUAAGUAA